AAUAAAAAAUUCCCUUAAAUAAAACAUUUUCCCCACACAUAAAUAUCGCAACAGCUCUGCAUAUACCAUUAUCCUGCAGCCUUAUUUCAAUCAUAAUAAUUCUCACUUUAUUUUUACUCCUUUGGGAAUAAAAAUGGGCAGAGUAUUUAUUGAGAAGUUUUGCUUUGUAGUUGUUGUUUUAGCGGUGUUAAUUGGCUCAUCAGAAGCAAAUGGCUGUGAUUUUGGCUGUGAUUUAUUUGAAGGAAGUUGGGUUAUUGAUAAUACAUAUCCAUUGUAUAAUUCAACAGCAUGUCCAUUCAUAAGGAAGGAAUUUGAUUGCAUCAAAUAUGGCAGAACAAAUCUUGAAUAUCUUCAAUAUAGAUGGCAGCCCAAUAAUGGCUGUAACUUGCCCAGAUUUGAUGGGAAAGAUUUUUUGGAAAGAUUCAAGGGAAAAAAGAUAAUGUAUAUUGGGGAUUCUUUGAGUCUCAACAGUUUUCAAUCCCUUCUGUGCUUGCUACAUGGUGCUGUCCCAGAAGCAAAAUUCACGCAAGAAAUAUAUAGAGAAAAUGCCACUGUCACAUUUCUGGAUUAUGGAGUUGAAAUAGUAUUAUUUCAUUCGAACCUUUUAGUAGACAUUGAAGUUGAAAGUGUUGGACGAGUGUUGAAGCUGGAUUCAAUUAAAAGUGGACAGAUUUGGAAGGAAUUUGACCUUUUGAUUUUCAACACUUGGCUUUGGUAUACAAGAAGACCACCUGGACAACAGUGGGAUUUUGUUGAAGUUGGUGGCAAGUUAUUGAAAGAUAUGAACCGGGUAGAAGCAUUUCGGGCUGGACUAAAUACAUGGGCCGGCUGGGUUGAUACAGAUGUGGAUACAGCAAAAACUAAAGUUUUCUUUCAAGGAACAUCUCCAGCCCAUUAUCAUGGAUCAGAUUGGGGUGAACCUGCUGUGAACAAUUGCUUGAAUGAAAUAACUCCAGUGAAUGGAUCAACAUACCCAAGUGGACUACCAAUUGUUGUGGACAUAGUGAAACAAGUAUUAAACAACAUGACAAAGCCAGGAGCAGUAUCUUUACUUGACAUAACAAAGCUAUCACAGCUGAGAAAAGAUGGACAUCCAAGCAAAUACAAUCGUUUCAAAGGCAUGGAUUGUACUCAUUGGUUGCCUGGAGUGAACUACUACACCAAAUCAACCAACCAAAGUGUUACUGUAAUUUUUGAGAGGCAGCAAUUUUCCGCCAAACUGCUAGAGCUUCGCAGUCAAAUUUGGCCAACUUCUCGUGAGAUUCACGACAGGGCACCACCUGAGGUUUGUUGUCCUCCUCAAGGCGCACCUCCCAUAAAAUUUCAGCUAAUUUGGAGGGCAGAAGCUUUGGCAAGUUGCUGUUGUAUGCCGCGAUGGAACUCCAAUCAAUUUCUCAGGCAACCAGUUAUGCCAAUUUACACUUCUGACAACAAGACCAAUUUGAGUUUUUGGUACACUACCGCCUCAAGCGAGUGA